UUCCUACUAAAUGUCAGUUUGUCACCUCUGUGCUACUGUUUUGUCAAACUUUUGUUGAUAUUACUUUUUUACGAAAACUGUUGAGAAUUAUUUGCUUUUGCGAUUUUAUCAAUGGAAUUCUAACCUCAUUUAUAACUUACUAUACGUGCCUUCUUUGUGUGCCAAAUAUAGCAUUCGAAAGGGUGUUUCCAAAACUGCAUAAUUAAAACGUCAUGAUGCCUGUAAGCCAGGACAACCAUACAAACGAUGUGAGAGUGAAGACGGUGUACAGCGGGGAUGUGAUGAUCACUUAUAUCAAACAUAACAUCACUCUCGAGGAGUUUACGCAGGAAAUGGUAGCAAUAUGCCGGUUCCCGCCUGAUCAGGUGUUCACUAUGAAAUGGGUGGACGAGGAAGGCGACCCGUGCACCAUCUCAACACAGCUAGAGUUGGAUGAGGCUCUCCGUCUAUACGAGCUGAAUCGGGACUCGGAGCUCACUGUUCAUGAUGACCCCUGACACCAAGUUCCUGCCUUUUCCAAAGAUAUCCCAUCCCUGGAGUUCUAGACUGACAAGGAAGAAUUAGAAAUAGAAGAAUUUCCCACUUUCCUAAUAAUUGUGCUUAGGCUGCCGAUCUGAACUAACGUUGUUUCCGUGUAUUUUCUCAGGAAUGGUCUUUAAAAUGCUAAAAUAAAACUAUAUAUUAAUUAU